AUGGACAGAGAUAAGGCGGCGCCCAUCUCCCCUCCCAAAUGUCUCGUGCUUUAUCUUUCCGUCCCUCCAUCGACACCAUCACUUCCCUUCCCCCAUGCCAUUCCCAGCAACGACGACCCAGUCAUCAAUUAUCCUUCAAAGUUCCCAUCCGGCCACCAGGCUGUGACCAUCACCAAAGUCACCACGACCAAAGUUUGUGAGUCGGAGAGUCCUCCAUACCUAUUCUCCAUUGUCCACCUUUCUUCUUUUCACGCGGAAUGCAACGAAAACGGCCCUGGCGGCCUUUUUAGCCUCGCGCCUUCAAGCACACUUCCCUGCUACCAUUCAAAUCCCCGGUGGCCUCUACGGAGUGCUGAUGCUCCUGUGCUUCACCGUACCCUGGUCUCGUCUUUGAGCGAUAGAUCACUUGGUCACUUUCUUAUUGUUCACCCGACGUCUAUUUCUCUUACCACACUUUCUUACCUUUUGCGCCCUCUUGUCUACCUUACUAUCGACCGCCGCAUCGACGCGCGCCUCGUCGUUCGAUUCCUGGCGAGCCGCAAGGUAAUUCAUUCCUCCGUAAUUGGGUGGUCUCUGGCUUGGCUUUGUUCAACAACCGAUCCGACACUUACACCCCCCGCUCUCUCGCUCUCUCUCCUGCUCGUAUUGCAUUUGCAGCUGCCGCUUUGCACAUCUUUUCGUGUCGGUGAGGGCAAGGCAGGCACCAGGCUGCAGAAGAAGACUGCACUGCGUCGACAUGUCCUUGCCCAUGCUCUUGUCUCCAUCUUGAUCCCCAUACUCCAUCAAACCAAGGUUUGGACCAUUCUUUCUCGAUGUCUUUUUCGGCCGCUUGGUCCGUCAGUCGGACCAUUGAGACCAACGCCCGCCGGCCAGUCAGAUACUGCCGCGCCUCCUCUUCCAAUACACCCUCCUGCUUCUUCCCUCCACCGACCCGAGACUAGGCCGCCGGCGGUCAGGAACUUUGACCCUUCCUGGUUGGAGCCCCAUCCAAUCCUGACUGUGCUCCUCUCUCACGGCAGAUCCUGUGUCAAGCGGCGUUCUGUUUUAGAACCCAGGGAUAAGAACGAAGAUCCAAGAUCAAGGACGUCCUGGCUUAUCUCAUCCUUGCCGCCAUCGUCACUUGAGAGUCCACCGAUAUCGAUCCAUCAAAACCCCAUUCAUCCAACCCAUCCAAUCCCAAGUUUGGAUUACUUCCCAGUCCCGGGCCCCAAUUCCGGCCCUGCAUCCGCACCGCACCCCCCCAAAAAAGUACAACCACCAUUACAAUUCCAUCACCAAAAACGGGCGCAAAUCGUUCCGCCUUGGCCACUCCUGUCCUGCGGCGCACGCUACCUUAUCUUUGCCUUUCCCCAAAGAAACUUGAAGCCGCGACCGCACCGCGCCCCCUCGGACUUUCUACAUCCCACCCCAGAUCUUGACGAGGAACCACUCAAACUCAACACAUACCUAGAGAAGUACCUCUUCUCGAGUCUCUGGAACUUGGAACGCCUACCUUUUACAGAGUAUCCCGUUCCCAAUUCCCGUUGUCGCCUUAUCUUGUACCCCUCGCACGCACGCGACACAACGCGCCUCACUACUCGGACGGAUACCUAUCAGCCUCUUGCUAGCCUUGAAGCAUUCUGGGCCCCGUUCAUCUCACGCCAAACUUCGCAAUCGCUACCGGCCGUUGUCCGUCUGCUGGUGUACCUGAUCAUCUUUGCCCGCUGCCGCCUCCCAGGGUUCCAACAAGCCCGUCUUAUCUCAACCGGCCUCGGCGCACCGAAUUCAUCAAGAUCGAAUUACCGCUCACCAGCCAAUCUCAUUUGGCGGAUCCUGCAUUGGUGCUACGCACACAAUUCUCAAAUCUCACGUCAACUCGACCACAGAUAUUCUUAUUCCUCUGCCGUCGAUCUCGAGUGGCGGCCCAGACCUAGGACCAGCACCAGGAUCAAGCCAACGAGCGACAUUGCAUCACUUGCUUCGCAUCCCAUCCCAUCUGCUGCACGCCGUGGGGCUCCUUUGAACCAGCUUCCAUCCCGGGGAGUGUGUGCCAGCCUCUCCCGUCUGCUUCCUUGGCCUUUGACGAAGCCUAUCGUCCUAUCACCACAAGGGCCCCGGGACCCCGACUUGACGAACCGGGUCCGUCCGCCCGUCUGCUUCCCCUGCUUCGGCCCAGCCCUGCCUGUAUAUACAUAG